GUGCCGGGGCCGCCCGGGGAGCCGCGCGGUGGCCUGCGAGGCGUACGGCGCCUGCGCGGAGCUGGCCGCGCGGGUUAUUCGCGAGAACGGCCUGGAGGAGCAGGUGGCGGUGGUCAACAAAGUUGCGAGCGACCUUGAGGUCGGGCCCGGCCUGGACCUGCCGACGAGGGCCGACCUCUGCGUCUUCGAGGUGUUCGACUCGCAGCUGCUGGGGGAGGGUGUGCUACCAAUGCUGCGCGACGCGCACGCGCGCCUGCUGGAGCCGGGGGCCACGCUGGUGCCGCGGCGGGUCGCGCUGCGUGCCGUGCUGGUGGAGUGCGCCGCGCUGGCGGCAGCGGACCUGCCCGAGCUGCGGGGCGCCCCGUGGCCCCUGAUGCUGGGCCAGCUGGGCCUCGCGCCCAGCGGCGGCUCGGGCGGUGCGGCGGCCAGGCCGCUCACUCAGGCGUGGGCUGCCGCGUCCAUCGACUUUGCGCGCCUCCCAGACGCCGGGCCCGUCGCGGCCGUGGCCGAGGUGGAGGCCACCGCCGCGGGGAGCGCGCACGCCGUGGCCUGGUGGUGGGAGCUGGACAUGGGCGGGGGCCACCGCCUGAGCAGCUGGACCGACGCGGAGCCGCCCGGCGGGGAGGCCCCCCUGCGCCACCACUGGCGCCCUUGCCUGUCCUUCCUGGCGCCCCGGCGGGUGCGAGUGGGCGAUCGCCUGUCCCGGCUGCGCGCCAGAGCGAUGCUCGGUCAGUGCGACUCGGAGGGUGGCAGAAGCCGUCCCGCACUGCGGCUUCGCGCCGUCUCGUCGUCGGCUCGCCUCGUUGUUUCUUCCUGGCGGCCCAGAGCCACGGUUUUUCCCGCUGGAGGCAGCACGCGGUGCCGCGAGGCUGAACGCCAUCCAGCCGAUCCUCGGGCUCACGCUGCGGCGCAGCAUGGCUGCGGCGAUGCGCAGUGCCCAGGAGUGGAGGCAUCAUGUCGGUGGC